AACACCUAGAAAAGUUGCAGGUAAAGUUGGGCUCGCGCUGGCCUGACAUAUGUUGCCAUGGCUGCCGGGUAGGUCCGUAUCCGGUCCCAUGAGCCGUCACAUGCGUUGCGUUCAAAACAGUUGUAAUUUCCGUAAUAAUUGAGGCCGUGAACCGUUAUUAAUCGAUUUUCCAUGCGGCGAUUGGAUAUGUAUCCUGUUUUUUACUUUUACUGUUUUCGGAGCUUGAGACACACAAUUUAAAUAUAUAUUGGAGUUAAACUUUCAAGGUUUAUCGAACGUGUCUCGAGCAAGCAAAUACAUAAUAUAGUAGCUUUGCUUAGUUAUUAGUCUAUCGUGGUUUGCAUGGCUCUUUAAAUUCAGAGAAACCAGAUGAAAUCGGUGAUCAGUGUCAAACUCUGAUAUCAAAACAAUUUACCAUAUUCAAAAAAAAUGGGGUGAAACGUAUUUUUCUCAUUUUCUUUUUUCGACCCGGAACGCAACACCUGCUAUCUGAUUUAGCGCAGGAAGUCCAGUAGGUGGCAGUGAUGCAACAUAAACGAAUGCCACUACCAGUAAAACCCCAAACGAAGAAGAAGAAGAAGAAGAAGAAGAAGAAGAAGAAGAAGCAACUAGACAGCUAAGCUAACAAGUUAUUGACAUCUGCUUUUUUCGGUUGUUAACCGUAACAAUCAUGUCUUUUAAAAGAGAAGGUGAUGACAAAAGUCAACUAAACAUACUCCAGAAACGUCGCGUGGCAGAUCUUCUGUCUCAUUUUAUACCGGAAGAUGAAGCGGCUCUCAUGAGAAACGGAAGAUACACGUGCGUCGUGUGCUCCUACCGACCCGUGUUCGACACGGUGGACACGCUGACGGCCCACCGGAACGGGAAGAGGCAUCUCGAAGGAUUGAAAGCAUUCUACGGCAAGAAAGCGCGACUGAAGAACGAAAGGACCAAAAGGCUCCAUGAACACUACGUCCAGGCUGAGGACACGCGGCAGGAACCGUCGUGCUCGGCUCCUCUGCUGGCCCAAACGCGGAGGCUGACGCGUCACGCGUUGUUGAAGACCGUCCCGUAUAACAGCCGCCAUGCAAAAACCAGCACGAAAUCUGAAAAGGGGCCGCUGGGCGCCGGCUCAGAAACCGGCCUCAACUCUUCCGGCAAAACGGUAUCGGAACAAGAAAAGGCGCGUCGGCAAACCGAAGGUUCAAACCGUUUGACGCAAAGCACCUCGGCAGCAGACGAAGGGUCGCGUCCAUCAGAAGACAGAACGGGAGCUAAUGGUGCAGCGGCGCAGGAGGCGGAGCCUAUAACCGCCGAGAGGAGGAGCGAGCUGGAGCACUACCUCAAACUGAAAAGUGACGGCUGGCUGAAGGACCGGAGCGGCCGGUGGGUCAGAGACCGGAACGUGGAGUUUGAUUCGGACGAAGAGGAGCCUCCUUCGCUCGCCCCUCCCCUUCCUCCAGGUCCCUGAGGAACGACGAAGAACUGAAGAAACUAAAAAAAAUAUUGGAAAAA